UUAAGUUGGUUUGUGAAUUUCGCGACCGUUUAUAUUCGCGAAUUCCAUUACUUCCAGCGCAUUGUAUACAUAAUCUAAUGCAUAUAUGGAUUAUCUAAGUCUCAUGACGUUAGAAUGGAAUUGCCAAUUUCAUGUAAUCAAUAUUUUGUCACUCAAGUACAUAGAGGAUUUAGUUAAUCUAACAAUUCAAUAAUGUUCAUUCAGUAUUAAAAAUGGCGCUACCUGCCAACAUGGGGUCGAUCGUGUUAAAGAGUUUAUCUGUGCUACUCGGAAUAUUUUUUAUAUUUGUUGGAGUCAUGAAAAUUACCUCACAAGUCAGUAAAGACCUUCAUAAAGAUCUGAGAAAAGAAUAUGUAAAAUAUGCAAAAGUAUUUCCUCUGUCAGAAGCACUGGAUUUUAAAGUACCCUCGAAAUGGUAUCGAAGAAUCAUAGGCACCCUAGAAAUAGUCUGUGGAUUGGCAAUGGCAUUUGUCCCAAGCAAUGCAGUAAAACAAGGCGCUAACAUAAUUUUACUAAUAAUGAUGAUGAUGGCUGUUUAUUCACAUUAUAUGGUUAACGAUAAAUUUGAAAGGAUUGCACCAGCACUGGUGUUCUUGUUCAUGCUGACAGGGAGAUUAGUAAUAGACUGGCAGUUAAGAAGGAAAGAACAAACUGAAGUGAUUGCUGUAAAUGGAGAGAAGAAACAAAACUGAGUUCAGCAAUAAAAAUAAAUCCCAUGAGGAAAACAAACAGAUCGAUUCCAAUAUCACAGAAAACAUAAGAUAUAAUCUGAUCUUCUAAAGAAUUUUUUCUCAUAAAAUGGGAAAUGUCAUGGCGAUGUGCCGAUGUCGAAGUCGAUGAUUAAGCAUCAGUAUACGUAAAGAAAGCCGAUGUUCGAGGAGAGUGAAUUAUAACACAGGCCCUGAUUAUGAUACAGAACUAUAAUUUUAACAAAACAAAGUGUUAUUAUUGCUUAGUUUUACUGCUAGUUCAGCUCUGAAAUCAUGUUAAAGUGGUUCUCUCAGUGAGUUUUAGCACAGUAAUUGUCUCAAGUCAUGCCUGUACCCCCCACUACUGCCAAGGUCCAGUUUCAUGGUCUACUCUGUGGACAUGUUCACGUUUGUAAGUAAGUUCCCACAUCUGCAAGUCUUCACUAAGCUGUUCUGAAUAGCAUGCGUGUGUUUUAAAACUUACAUUCUCGGUUUAUUUUUUGAAGUCAACGAUUAUUCUAGUCAAGUUAUGAAUGAGUAUAUUGCAUAAUAUAAUGCUUCAGUAAUUAAGACUUACUUACAGUACUCUGAGGGAGUUUGAUAGCUAAUAUUCUCCGUAGAUUCUAUAGGGAAAUAUGUAUGAAGUCCAAAAAAUUGAAUUAAACCACUCAACCGUAAUCGAUAUGUAAACCAUUUCCAUCACUGAAAUGAUUUCUCUUGUGAAACAUUCAUACAAAUACACAAAUGCGCUCAGGAUUGUUAUUUACUCCUUAGGUUACGAGAUCUAAGCUCAAAGGGUGGGACGCACAGAAAGUGUUGCACAUGUUGAUGAGAUUUCAGGUUCUGACAUUGAUGAUUAUGAAGACAGCUGUCUUCUGGGGUGUUGUGACAUGUAAUGUGAUAGAUACUGAUUGGUGUUUUAGAGCUACAGCCUCCAUCAUGAGGGCAACAAACAGUGCUGGAAGCAGUAAGCACCUCUGGAAUGUCACACAAUAUCUACCAAACUACACUGUGCAAUAUCCCAGAAUACAGCCAUCUUCCUGUUUUACAUGUUAUCCCCAAUUCCAACAACAAACCCCACAUCUACAAAAUAAAAGACCUACAAUUCCCCUUCUGGGAGAUUUAUUUACCAGGAUGGAAGUUUUACUGAGAUUGUAAGAUGUAUACUUGUUUUUGUGGGUAAAGCGAUAUGUAUUCCUCUCCGAGGGCCCUGAAAAGUGCAAUUUCCUGUUCCUUGCUACCAAACGAACUCUGCUCCCUGGACUCAUCCUCCACCUUACCCUAUGUAACAUAAUAUUUCUCACCUCAACCUUGAAGAUACUGGCAGCAUGUUCUUCUGAACCAAUGCUAUACAACCAGAAGACUACACACUAACUGUCCUGGUUAUACAAAGGCACACAGCUCACGCCGCACAUAAAAAUUCAGAGAAAAAUGUGAAAUCAUGUCAGUGAAAUUCUGUACUACAGUUCAGUCAUGUUUAUCAAUAAGAAUUCAGAAUGGCAAUAAAGGUAACUUAUAACAAACAAACAAAGAAAUUAAAAUUAUCUUUCAACUCAUACUGGCUUUUCAAAUAAACUACACAACUAAGGAAUUACAAAUGGAAUGACUCAAACUUUUUCCAGAAGAUAUUCUUUCAUGAGUAUGUUUAAUGUCAUUCUAAUUUCAUAUUGUUUUCCCACAUAGAAUAACGCAAGCAUUUGUAUUUAUUGAUAUGCACAAAAUAUUUGUAAUGGUUGUGGAAUGUUUAAUUUCCAUGUUUAAGUAUUAAGGACAGAAUUGUUUCAAAAUGCAGUAGAACGCCUUUUAACUAUUUCCUAGCUACUUAUCUUUAAUAGGGCUAUUGAUUAUACUGCAUUGCUUUGAAAUGUGUUCAUACACAGAGUGGAUAUCUCAGUUCUGUUCAUAAUGCACUGAAUUUUGUAUUUUGUCAAUAGUGUAAAUAAUGUAUGUAUGUAAAAUUUUGUGUGUUCAGUCCUGUAAACUAUUAGUGCAAAACCAGUAGGAAUAAAAAUUUCCCUCAAUGAUGCUCCUAAAGAUAUAAAUUAAGUUCAAGAUAUCGCAAGAACUUAUCGAGAAAAGCGAAGACAUACCUACUGGAGUGUUCUAUAAAAUAUGAAACUCUUUGCAGUGAUACGAUGCAACAACAUUUACUGAAGUGCUCAGUCAAUUCGUGUCUCUUUGAAGUUAAUUCCGUUUGUCAUUAGGUGAAGCCACGAUAAAGUAACUCCUGUAAGGACAGGGUUCAGACAUGAUUGCAUGAGGAAACUUGAGAAUGACAAAAUGACGUCAUGUCACGUUGUUUGAGUGGAUAUGGGCCGAAGUGUAACACAACUCUUUGUUGCUACUGCAGCAUAGUGAAACAGAAGCAAAGAAUUUCAAGUGGGUUCUCAAAGAUUUGACAUGGUGUAUUAUCACACAUCAGAGUCCGUAUCCAGACCGACACAACUUUACUAAACGUAAUGCCAUGUCUGUUAAAAUUAUACAUAUCUGACCAUCUAGAUUACACUUAAACUAAAUCUGACUUUUUCAUGUGGUUUCAACGCUGGUAACGAGGGAAGUGCUUUGCACCUAAAAUAUAUUUGUAUUCGUACGGUUUAGUAUGAAAUUCAUUUACAUUUUAUAAACUUUACUUAUGGUAUGUCAUUUUCCCUCACCACCCACUGCUCUUGUUAAGAAGGGUUGUACCACGUUACAUACAUAAGCAGUUCAAAUCUGAUCCAGAAUUUUGAUCACAGCAUGUCAAUAAAUAUCUUAUCAUUUUCAUAACAUGCAGUUCACUCAAAGUAAUCUCUCCCACUAAGUAAACACUUGACCCAUCCCAUGAAAUUAUAGCAAAUAACACCAAUACUUAUCAGUGUCGAUGAGAAACAAACUCCAGGGACAAAUCUGUAGAGUCCUCAUAACAUAAUACGACAUAAGCCAACUGCAUCACUGUACUUAAUACAGGUACAAAUUUUAUAAACAGCUCAAUAAGAUGUGUACAUUUUCUGUUCACGUUUUUUUUUUGUGAUGUGUCUGUGAGACAGGUGAUGCAAUUUUAAAGUUAACUGUAACAUGACAUCUUCAAACGUUAUUAACAAUUGUUACUUAAAAAUGUAAAUCUUCA